GAUUUGUAAAUCAACAAUUCUAGAAACUCUGGCAUUAAAAUACGAUUGAUUACCAAAAGUUUUUGGAAAACAAUUUAAUAUUAUGGAAGAAUGUGAGCUUAGGAAUAUUUGUAGAGCUUGUCUCACCGAACAGGGUCAAUUUCAAUCGGUUUUUGUACCAGAAUCAAGCUCUGGAAUAUCGCUUCAUAUAUCAGAAAUGAUGAGUGCCUGUUCAUCAGUUCAGGUGACUUUAGGAGACGGUUUACCAGAACAAAUCUGCAAAUCUUGCGUCGCCGAUACAAUAAACUUUUACUUGUUUAAAUUAAAAUGUGAAAAAAGUGAUAAAAUACUCAGAGAAAAUCUAAAAAAAUCGACAGUGAUGUACGAGCAGGAAUUCAUAAAAUGCGACGUUAAUACGGAAAAUAAAUUAAAAAAUGAAAUCGACGUCGAUAAAAACGAGGAAAAUCAAAAACAACUAGAUCAGUUCGACGUAUUCGACACCUACAGUAACUACAGCGAUGAAAAUUCCAUCGAAAUGAAAGAAGAGGAGCUUCCGAUAGACAAACCCAAAAUAAAAGAAUUCGAAUGUGAUAUUUGUCGUAAACAGUUCACUAGAAACGAUUUACUCCUAAGGCAUAGGAUAGCGCACGCUAUGAAAAUGGAGAAUCACAAUAUGGAUUUUGCUGCCAGUUACCAAUUGGACCAAGACGAUGAGGAUACUCUAGAUAUUAAAAAGGAGGAUUACGUGUACGCUUGUAACCGUUGCGAAACCAUUUUUCUCCAAAAGGAAGAUUUGGACGUCCAUUUGAAGUCGCAUUUGAAAGAGCAGUACAACGUCGGGUGUCAAUUUUGUCAGAGGAAGUUUUCCAGAUUGGCUCAUUUGAAUAGGCAUUUGAGGAAUGCUCAUUAUACGGAGAAACAUUUCAAAUGCGAAGUGUGUGAGAAAAGUUUUUACAAACAGGAACAACUCAGGCAUCAUAUGAAUGGACAUUCUGGACUUAAGCCUCAUAUAUGUGAUAUUUGUUGUAAGGGCUUUAACCAGAUAUCGAAUUUGAAAGAUCACAUGCGUACACAUAACGGAGAAAAACCAUUUUUAUGUUCCACGUGUGGGAAGGGAUUCAACCAAUUAGGAAAUUUGAGGCAACACACUGUAAGACACAGUGGCGUCAAGGCGCAUCUUUGCAGUACGUGCGGAAACGGUUUUGCCAGCAAAGGAGAAUUAUCGGCCCACCUUAGGAAACAUACUGGAGCUCGUCCUUUCGUUUGUUCCGUAUGCAACCACGGUUUCACCACAUCGAGUUCGCUCACCAAACACAAAAGAAUCCAUUCGGGAGAGAAACCUUACGAAUGCGACACAUGUAAAAUGAAAUUUUCUAGAUCCGGGAUCCUUGCUAGGCACAAAAGGACGCAUACCGGUGAGAAACCCUACAAAUGUAAGUUUUGCGACAAAGCCUUCUCGCAGUCCAAUGACCUUACAUCGCACCAAAGAAUCCAUACGGGGGAAAAGCCAUUUAUAUGUGACGAAUGCGGUCAAGCUUUUAGACAAAGUUCGGCUUUGAAGACCCACAAAAAAACUCAUGUAGAAAAGGGGGUGGCUAAAACGGAAAAAAAUGAUAAAGCUACUUGCGUAGUCGAAGCAAAACCGAUAUUUUUAACGGGCGUUUUUAAUACGGAAUUCCUACCGGGUUUUUAAUGUACGGUUUUUUACCUCUAAGCAUUAUUGUGUGAUAUAUUAUCAAAAAAUUUAUUAUUUAUGCAUCAUAAAUCGUUUGAUAACAAGUAUUAACUAGUCUUUUAAGUUUAUUCCAGAAUAAGAUUAUUUUAUACUAUUUGGAUGGAGUGCUAUUAAUUUUUAGUUGAAUAUAUUGUAAAUAAAUAAUCUGUUGAAAUUGA